UAAGUGCCUGUGUUGCAAAUAUAAAAGUUAAAUCUGUCUUUUGUCUUAAAUGCCUUACACACCUUGUGCUCGCUGAACAUUGUGUAUGUACCCCUGUUGUUCCCAUCGAAUUAAAAAAGAAAUCACUUCAUGUAAGGCAUAAGACAUCUUCCAAUAUUACACUGCAGUGGUAAGAAGCACUUAAACCUGUUAAAAUCUUUAUUUCUGAAACUGUUAAGUUGUCUCUUUUUAUUUUCAGUCAUAAGUCAUCAAUCAAGUCACAACUGCAGACAGACAAUGAGCAACCCAGAUACUGUUGGCAUCUACAUUUUGAUAGACAGCUCUACGUACAGGAUGGACGAGCAGGGAUUGCUUCAAAACACUUCUUUUGACAUUGUUGAUUUAAAGGCAAUAAAGAUCUUCCCGAGGCAGGGAACAGAAUUUACUUCUGAGGAUCUGCUCAACAUGUCCCUGCCGUUUGGAUCUGUUGUUAGUGUUCAGAAAAUAGCGAACAAUGGAUCCACUUACGGUGUGGUGAUGUACUCUAAUGCUGAUGAUGCUGCCAAGGCCAUGAUGAAACUGAACAGCACCACAGACUUCAGUGUGAGUCUGUUUAAGCCCAUGAAGGUUGGCGAGCCCCACAAGAAUGAAAUAUCAGAAAGUCAGAGUGACAAACCCCCCAGCCUCCCCCAAGGCAUGUUUAAUGGCAAGCUCCAGAGACUCCCCAGUCUGUUGGACUCACUGUAUCCACCACCUUACACCCAGAGUGUGAGUCUUCAAAUUCAAAACUUGCCCAAACAUCUCGAUCAAAGGUACCAGGUGCUCAGCCUCCUCCCUCCAAGCACAAUCAGUGUGAAGAUGGAGAAGAGAAGAGCCAUGGUGAUGCUUCCUGACCUCUCCACCGCCCUGUGGCUCAUGGAUUUCCUAAAUGGCCUCUACUCUGGCUUUAAACAACUUCAUGUUUCCUUUGCAAAUCAACGACAUAGGGCACGCCCUACAAUGAGGACAGCGCACAGAGAACUUCAUCAGCAGCACCAGGGUCCCCCCUAAAUCCUCUGUGUUUUCCAUGAACUCUGAGACUGCUGCUGCUACAGCAUAGAGCAACCAGUCUGAUUAAAACAUAACAUAAAACACACA